AUGGCACGACUCUGUUUCUUUUGUACUAAUAACACAACAGAAUAUGAAGCUUGCAUCAUGGGGUUAAAUAUGACAAUAAAUCUGGAUGUGCACAAGCUAAUGGUGUUGGGAGAUUCUGAAUUACUCAUUCGACAAAUUCAAGGUGAAUGGGAAACGAGAGAUAUCAAGCUCAUUCUAUACAAACAGUUCGUAGAGGACCUUAGCAAAAGGUUUGAGUCUAUCCAGUUUAGACAUAUUCCCAGAUCCCAUAAUGAGCUGGCUGAUGCCCUGGCUACCCUAGCUUCCAUGCUCCCGUACCCAGGAAAUACGCAUUUCGACCCAUUAAAGAUACAGAUACGAGAUCAAUAUGGUUAUUGCAAUAUAAUUGAUGCAGAACCAGAUAAUGAACCUUGGUACUAUGAUAUCAAACGCUUCCUAAAGUCAAAACAAUAUCCAAUACACGCCAAAGCAGAUCAAAAAAGAACCAUUAGGAGACUUGCUAAUGGUUUCUUCUUAAGUGGGGAGAUUUUGUACAAACGAACCCCGGACUUGAACUUGUUGAGAUCGAAGAAGAUCAUACGGGCAGGAUAUUAUUGGUUAACUAUGGAGCAAGAUUGCUUUCGCUUUGUUCGCAAGUGUCAUCAGUGUCAAAUUCAUGGUGAUUUGAUUCACUCGCCACCUUCAGAGCUGCAUCCUAUGUCUGCUCCUUAG